AUGGACAUGCCUGAAUCUCCUUCGCCACAAUCACCCGCUUUAUUAUCAGACGAUCCACUUUCAAGCCCGUAUGCGUCACUAAACUCCCAUUGCCAUGAACUCUCCACCCUGCAGGACCUCGCUUUCCGUGGCGCGUGGCGAACCAUCCUUGACAAGGUGGCUCGUUCACGUUCUCUCUCCCUCCUCACCAAGCCCCACGAGCACCUCAUUUACCUCACUUUCAACCUACUCGCUCUCGUCAAGCUCAGCCGCUACUCAGACGCGCAGCACGAGCUUCAAACCAUGGACGAAGAUCUCGACUCGAAACAAUACCGAUUCGAAUCAUACCCGGAACACUACCCGAACCACAAGCCCGGAUCCAUGGUCCCUUUUGCCCUCCGUUGGCUGCACGCUCACUUGCCAUUAACCCUAGGUGACCGUCAACUAUCUCUCGAUCGCCUUUACACUCUCCUGCAUUUCAUUCGUGAGAAGAAAUUGGCCCGAGAUCCAGAUUCAAUCAGUGAUGUAUCUCUAACCCUUUGGAAAAAGCGAGAGACUUUUGUAGUCAAUACUAUUGUCGGUUAUCAUUUGAGUCAGAAGGAGUUCAUGGUGUGUUUGGCCUUGCUGAAGUCCGAGAUAGCAAACAAUGAGGACCCUUUAAUGAUUUCACAACUAGGGUACGUGCAAAUGCAGUAUGGUGAUUUGGAUGGUGCAAAACGGAGCUUUGAGUUGGUGGAUAGUAUGGCGACGGGGGCUGACAGUGGGGAUGUGAAGUUAAAAAAUUUGGUGAGCAGGAAUAAAGCGUUGAUGUAUUUGGUUGGGAAAGAUUAUGUAUCGGCUGUGAGGGAGUACGAAGAGUGUAUAGAGAGGGAUGGAUCGGAUUAUGUGGCGAUUAAUAAUAAAGCUCUCUGUUUGAUGUACUUGAGGGACUUGUCGGAUUCAAUUAAGGUGUUGGAGAGUGCAUUGGAGAGGGUGCCCACUGUGGCAUUAAACGAGACGCUUGUGGUGAAUCUCUGCAGUAUGUACGAGUUGGCAUAUGUGAACCAUGCAGAUGUCAAGAAGACUCUCAGUACUUGGAUCGCGAGAGUUGCUCCGGACGAUUUUGAUUCCUCGUGUACCAGGAUUUGA